UAAUUUAAAAGAGUGAUUUUUUUUAUUUUUAUUUUUAAUAUUACAAGAAUUUAGAGCACACAGAUUAUAGAGAAGCAGCGAAAACGUUGGAAGUUUUUGUGAAAGGUGACUCGACCCAUGGAAUUCUUGGCGCAAAGAAAAGUCCGCAAGGCCAGGUCCACGACAAGCGCCGAACGGACGAGUCGCAAUUGCAUUCGUUAAUGGUGUCGAAGAAACCUUCGAUUUCAUCUAUGUCGCCGCCCGGACCAUCCGUAGCUUGAUUCUCACUCGUGAGACGGAGUAGAUGUUUGGAGAAGCUUGUGAGCAGUGGCCUGUUGUCAUACCUAAAGAAGAGCUCCACUUACCUUUCCUUAAAUUCAAGGUAAGGUUGUUUUCAUCAGAAGAAUCUCCAUCACAAGUCAACUCGGAGGCUUUGAAAUCCGAUGACGAUUUUCCACCCGGCUUCAAAAGAAUCCAGACACCAAAUCUUUGGAGAAAUAAGUUGUCCAAAAUACCUCUUGUCAAAUGGAGAUGCCCUCCCCAAUUUGUACUAGAUGGUGCAUGGCAAGUGGUUGCUGGAGAAGAAAGCAAAGAAUUGGAAGCUCAAACCCAACGGGAGAUGAGAGUUAUUGAAGCUGUUUAUCCACAUCCUUCUCCUAUCCCUCCCAACCUUUAUGCACAAGUGAGAGUGGAAAACACUUUUGUAAACGACCAAAACACCCUUCUGAUUCCCAUCACUCCUAUUGAAGACGAGGAUGCAGAGCUAGAUACGUCAACAGUCGACUACAUGGCUCCAAACCCACAAGUCCGGCUAUUGGCACAGGGAACUUCCUUGUCUCAGGGCUGUGGCGCUACCACCCCUCGUGCUCAAUUCCCAUCAACAGUCACUGAGUCUGAUCUUGUAUCAGCUGCAAAUGCUGCUUUGACUGCACUUAUGGCAAACAGUGAUCUGAAGGAAUUAAUUGAUCGAAACUGGCUUGUCAAACUUCUCAAUGAUCGAAAAAUGAUUGAACAACUCACCAUGAAUCCCAGAGCAGCAUCCAUUGUGAAGAAUCUGCCCCCCUCCAGCUUGCAGAAUGUGCUCUCCUCUAGCUUGCUGAAUAUUUCCUCAUCCCGUUUGCAGAAUAUACAAGCCAUUGGCUCGCAAAAUAUACCAUCCUUGUGUAUGCAGAGUAUGUCAUCGUUCAGCUUGCAUAGUUUGCCAUCAAUCGGUCCACCAAGUAUGCUCAACUUGAGUUCUUUAGCUAAUAAUUUUUAUGAUCCAGUUCCAAUCGUCGUCAGUAGAGGAGAUCCACCUUCUGCUACACCAACCCGACCCUUUCAUCAUCCUCAUAAAAUCAUGGGAACAGUUCCCAGUUUCUGUCCGUCUGGAGCCAAUCUUUUAUCAGGCACACCGUCUGCAUCUCUAGGAGAUCCUAGAACUUACAAGAGCCUCAUACGGCAACAUGGAGGAGAAAGACAAGAAACUUUGCCCCAUUUAUGUAGUCAGACAACUCAAGAAUCUGCAAAUACUAAGAAACGAAGAGGAGAGAAAUCAAAGAUGAAGCCUUGCAUCUUCUUCAAGAGCCCAAUGGGUUGCAGGGAUGGAGUAAACUGUGCAUUUCUGCAUGAUACAACAUCCCAGCAGAGAGUCAGUAGCAUCUCAGAUGUUCCAAGUUCAAAAAGAGCGAAAAUGGAUUGAGAAAUUACUGAUCCAUUAUUUGCAAUCAGCAUAUCUGUGUGUAUUUUUAUUGAAGGCGUUGUUUUUGCCAACCUUUUCCUUCAUGUUUAUCUGAUUCCUCACUGGAUAUUAUGCAGAAAUUUUAUUCGAUGUUCUUAAAAUUUACAUUUUCUGCUCAUAGUAAUUCA